AUGAAAUUCCCCUCACUCCCCUCAAGGAUGAUAGGAUUUGGCACAGGUACUGCGUGGUACAAAGAGAACCCCGAAGAACCUCUAAACCGAGAUCUUUUCGACGUUCUGAAGGCAGCUAUUGAGCGGGGCUUUCGUAAUAUCGACGCCUCUGAUGCUUACGGAACAGAGGAAGAGGUCGGUGUUGCUGUCAAAGAAUGCGGCAUACCGCGUGAGGAGAUUUUCGUAACCAUGAAAGUCUUCGGGGGUUUCUACGAAAUACAUGGACUUAUACUUGCUCCAUUCAACCUAUCUCGCUAA